ACAGUCACCUGAUUCCUUGCUCAAGGUCACUUGUGCGUUCAAAGGUCGUUUCGGUUUGGGCUGCUAUUUUUUAGAGUCGCCCAUUUCUCUCGUGGGCUGUAACAGUUUGUGUUGUCAGUUAUCUAUCAGACUUGAUGAAACGCUCAUGGAAAUUCAGAACCUAACCAGGGAGCUAAAUGACGUUUGAAAUUACCUCAACUCGAAUGACAAACUGGCCAAUCACAAGCGAGCGAAUCGCUUGUUUAUCUCAUUUGCGGUCACUCAAAAUUACGUCCGCCGCUCCUUGGGUCGUCGUAGAUUUUUGAGUUCAAUCUACGGUGAAGGAGCAUCAUUGAAAGACACUACAUUGAAAACUUGGAAUAUAUUUGUGUCCGGAUAUUGGUUGUAAAAAUUCCCAAGUAACUGUUUACAAUAAUAAUAUAUACUCUGAGUGUCUUCCAUUGCAACCGGAGCAUGCUCCGGUUUUUAUUUUGAUAUUUCGCCUAAUCUCUGGGUCUUUUAUUGAAUUGCAACAAAAUUUUUGGUGUGGCAGACGAGUUUCGGACAGGUAACCUGGCGUGGAGCCAGCCCGCUAUAUGACUGACUAGACGUCGUUCUAAGUGGUUUUGGGAUUUCUAGUAGAACCUAUGGACAUAUCCAGUGGUCUAGGUGCACUUAUCCGUGCCCCUGAAACAGUUCCCCAGGCAAAAUAUGACCCUUACUUCAGACAGAAUCCAAGGGUUAUUGAGGACCUACUAUUUGAUGAAGAACGUUACCACACAACUCCAGGGUAUUGUAUUGCUCAACCUCGUGAAAGGAAAAUAUGGAUGCGACGCUGUCUUUUCAACUGGCUUAGAGAUAUCUCUACAGAUCGUGCAACAGAUGGUGAGGUUUUAGCACAUGCUACGCAGCUAAUCGACCGUUAUAUGCACAAUUUUCCUACUGACCGAAGUGAAUAUCAGCUGGUGGGUGCUACUUGUUUUCUUAUUGCCAGUAAGCUGAAGGAGAGCAUACCCAUUAGUGUGAGGAAGAUGUCAGAAUAUACAGCCCACUCACUUUCGGAAGAACAUAUCUUGAAUAAAGAAUUGAAUAUAUGUAUGUCGCUCAUGUGGGACUUAAAUUGUAUUACUCCAUUAGACUUCAUCGCCCCUGUGGUCGAAUACUUCGAGUUUGAUCCGGAUUUGUGUCAGACAAUUCGCAAAGUCGCAGUUCGUAUCUUCUUUAAAGUUUUCCAUGUUGAACAGCUCGGUUACUACAUGCCCAGUUACAUGGCGGCUGCGUGUAUUCUUUAUGCACUUGAUUUAACCGUACGUCGUGACUUACCGGAUGUUACUAUCCGUUCAGUCAUUCGCAUUCAACAAGUUUUGAAGCUUGAAGCUAGUAAGAUAGCUGAGGCAUAUCAAGUUCUUCAGGCUUGUUUUGAGCCUAGAACAAUGCAGCUUACUAGAGCUGUAUUAGAGGGUGAUCUAGAACCUCAAAAUAGCCCUGUUCGAGAUGUCCCAGUUCACUUAACUCAUCAUCUGCUUCCUUCUAUCGUGACACCAGUUACUGCAAUUGUAUUACUCCCUGUGACAAAUGCAGUUUACAUGCAUUCACAUUCUCAUCAGUCUUCUAGUGAUAUUUCUUCUUUAUCAACCUCGAUGGUCUCUGUAAAUAAUAAUGUCAGUUUUGGUCGUAGUUGCAUACAGACCGCUUCAGGUUCUAAUUCAGCUUAUUCUACCUCACCCUCUCCAUCUGAAGCUGGCACAAAUUGAGUGAACUAGAAAAAAGAACUUUCGGUGUACGUACAUUAAUCGAUUCAAGCUAUCUAUGCCGUUGAUGCACUAUAUCCAAUGCGAAUGCUUCUAUGAGCUUGUGUGAAAGUAAACUCUUCCCGACAUGUUGGAAUAAUUCAGUUACAAAUCAGAGAAUUUAAUGCAAAUAAGGUUUUCAAUUAAUGUGUAAUUUUGUUUAUUCUGCUUAAGAAAAAGAGCUGUAUUUAUUCAUUUUUUGGUUUGACAUUUUACUUUGUACUGCCUACGAAACUUUGUACAGAUAGGCUAAACAACGAUUUUUCAGACAAAGGAAAGUGUCAUUUUCUGACUUUUAAUAAAAACUGAACAAAAUCA